CUCUUUUCUUUUCUUUUCUUUUCUUUAUGACAAACUUAGAUAUUAAAGUAAAGUUAGCAAACACACUUGCUACUAUCUUAUUGAUAGGCACACAAGGAUUUAGUUAUUCAAAUUGGGUCUUGAGACAUUCAUAUGAAUUUGGUCCCAAGGACUUUGUUCUUAUUUUGAAUGGUGUUUUGCAGUUAUUAUUGAUAGGAUUCACUAUUUAUCAAUACCUUCCUAGCGCACCUCGAGAUGUAUAUGAGUCCAUUGGCUAUUGGUAUCUUUUAGUAGCUGUAGUCAACAGUGGAAUUAAUCUUUUAUGGGUAUCUCAUCUUGACGUAUUUGCUUUUGUUGGUCUUCUUUGGCAAUUAGCAACACUUGUGUUUAUCUAUCAUCGUCUUCGUGAUUAUCCUCCUCGUAAUGGUACUGACCAUACCUUUGUUAAUGCUCCCUUUUCAAUCUAUACUGCCUAUUCUUUCUUUCUUGUUCUUUGGCAAGUAUUCCAGUUCAGUGAUCAUACCAAACACAAUGGCAUUAUCCAUACUCUUAUUUUGAUUGCUAUCGGAUUUGUGGCUCUUCAUUUAGUCGAUUAUUCUCACCGAAAAGACUGGGUUUAUGCUUUGACGACGGCAUGGAUUUUAUUGGGUGCUGCUGUCUUCUUGACAGAUACACCUCAUACUACUUCUUUGAUCGUGGUUGGUAUUCUUAUUAGUGCAGUUGCCAGAACAUUGAUUCCCAACUGGUUGGAGCGUAUCAAUAGACGCUUUAGUUCCUGGGCCAAUCGUCUCGGUGAAAGAACACCUUUGCUCUCUCAUCACUAAGCCACAGCAUGGAUGCGGUGUGGGAAUUAUAAACUCAAUAAACUUCUUUUUUUCUCUGCUUCCUUUUCUUUA